AGUCUAGCAUGUCUGGCAGCCUGCAAGGUUCAAGGCACAGAGGCCACAGCAAGCCACGCUGCCGUCCGUACCCCAAUCACAUUCAGCUGUUGGGGACGCAGUGGAAGCUGAUGAAGAAGUGGGCCAGAUCGAGACAGACAAGGUGAACAUGCCUGUGCAAGCCCCAGUGGCGGGCGUCAUCGAGGAGCUGCUGGUGGAAUCUGGAGCCACGGUCACUGCCGGGGUCAACCUGUUUAAACUCAGGGUCGGAGGUGAAAAUGAAUCGUAUGCGCCAAAGAAUCGCUCAACGCCUGAAGGAUGCCCAGAACUCGUGUGCAAUGCUGACCACAUUUAAUGAAAUCGAUAUGAGCAAUAUAAUGGAAAUGAGGAGCAAGUACAAGGAUGCUUUCCUCAAGAAGUACAAUCUCAAGCUGGGCUUCAUGUCGGCCUUUGUCAAGGCCACAGCCUUCGCCCUGCAAGACCAGCCAGUGGUCAAUGCGGUCAUCGACGACCUGGAGAUUGUCUACAGGGACUAUGUUGACAUCAGCGUUGCCGUUGCCACGCCCAAAGGUCUGGUUGUGCCUGUGAUAAGGAAUGUAGAGGCCAUGAACUAUGCAGAUAUUGAGAAGACCAUCGCUGAGCUCGGAGAAAGGGCCAGAGAGGGUAGUCUGGCCAUCGAGGACAUGGACGGAGGAACGUUCACCAUCAGCAACGGCGGCGUCUUCGGCUCCAUGUUUGGCACGCCCAUCAUCAACCCCCCGCAAUCGGCCAUCUUGGGGAUGCACGGCAUUUUCGAGAGGCCGGUGGCCAUCAACGGGAAAGUGGAAGUCCGACCAAUGAUGUACGUGGCCUUGACCUAUGACCAUAAGCUGAUCGACGGACGGGAAGCUGUCACAUUUCUGAGGAAGAUCAAGUCUGCCGUAGAGGAUCCCCGCACAAUUUUGCUAGAUUUGUAACAUUAGCAUAUAGAGUGUUCUUGUAAUUUGAAAUGAGAAUUUGUCCUGCUUCAGAGAAGCACUAAGUGUGAUGGGAGGGUGGGAAAAAACAGAAAGAUAGUGAAUAGUAUUUCCUUACACAUGAACAGGAUGUCUGUCAAACUUUGAACAUCACUCUUACAAUUGUACUUGAAACUUGAAAGUGAGGCUAACUCAACAGGAGUUUACAAAGUCAGUCUUGAGCUAGUGUUUGUCACACAACGUUGUUGUUUUUGUUAUUGUCCUCUGCCUGGUUUGAUAUAAACUUUGCUUGUCUCAACUAAUAGCACUGACACCUCGGGAUUCCUCUCCUUUCACAUUUCACUUAUGUUACUCUUCACUUUCUGAAGGAGAUCAUACUUUCGAAGACUAAAGGGAAAACGAUUUGGGUUCAGGGCUUGAUUCUCACUGUUGUUGGGUUGUGUUCUUCUCUUUUCUAUUGGGUAGAAUAAGAUAGUUCCAAGUUGAAAAGCUUAUGCAGUUGCGAGCAUCAUAAAACCUCUACUAAAACUAAACUUAAACAAGUUGAAAAGUUUAAAUAAGUUCUGGGGAAACUUGGAUGAGGAUGCCCAAAAAGAAGAUGGAAGUAUUUUCUCCGCUGGUCUUUUUGAGACAAAGUAUAUCUCCGAGUGGAGACGCAUAGCACAGGAAAGCACUGCUUUGAGAGGGCUGUCGGAAAGGCUGUGCUCUGAAAAGGACAAGCUACAUGGAAGAAGAGAUGCCAAAUAUGAGAGGAAUAAUCAUCAUGUGGACUAGCCAAAACAGAUAAAGAAACACAUGACUUGAUGAAGAUGUGUUUGUGAUACAUGUGUGUAGGCACGCCAUUGCGGUCCAAGUCUCCUUUUGUGUUGGAGAAGAGUGUACAAGCUUUUAAUCGGUGUGGAAACGGUUUUCUUUGGACAAGAUACCAAAGGUUCACAACAGAUCUUUUCAUGGGUUAAGAUUUCAUGAUAGAGUAGGCCGUACCUGCCAGGAAGACCAGUUGAAAUUUUGUUUUUGUGAAAGUCUGCUGAGAAAGCCUUGUGUAAUCAAUGCGUCGUAAUCCCAGUCUGUCACAGAGAGGUGGUCCAUAGGCUGUCAUGGUUCCAAAAAUUUGUGGGAGAGUCUGGAAAGUUUACAGUUGUAACAAACAUCACCAGCCUGGCUGUAUACAAUAUAUUUAUAGAGCUUGAGUGAUGACUGUGUUGUGCUGGAAGAUUUUAGCUUGCCUUUAAUGAUCUAUGAUAGAUUGUGUAGGAUAAAAUCUCAGUUUAAAAGCUCUACCUCUCAUACCCAUCUACAAAACAAUACAGCGUUGUAUUUUCAAUUGUUUUUAUUAAUUGUCUUUCACAUAUGAUUAAAGUUUUGUUGUUUUUUUUAAAGGUUCUGAGCUGCCAUUUUUGCUCUGUUUUUUCCCAUUUCUGAUUUGCUUUUCCCUUCAAUAGAAAUCUCAGGCACUGCACCCCAAGGUAAAAGCAGGCCUACUUUGUGUGUUGUAAUUGUUAUGUUUCUAUCAAGGAGAAGGGUAGUAUGGUUUGUGAACACUUUCAGCACUUUUAAUAAAUGUCGUGACAGACAUAGAUCAUUUUGUGAUGGAGCACACACGAGCCAUAUGAGUAUGUAUAUUAAUCAGUCGAAAGAUCGGUUUGUGAUCUACAUAGUACAAUUAUGGUAAGCCCAUAGUUCUAUGUUUGGUUGGUUUUGUUCCUCCUCAUGCUCCCUGUAUCAGGCCCCUUUUGCAAAUAGCUGUCAGUUGAUCAGAUUACAUUUUAAAAAGAAGGAAAAAAGAAAUAAAACUUGGGUUUCAGAGAUGUGAACUUAUGUUCUGCUGAGUGACAGAUCUGUGCGUUAUUAGGGUGUUAUUGUAUUGUGUUGCUGAUGUAGUAGUAUUUUUGCCAUGUAGCGGAGAAGCACAAGAAUAAUAAUAUAUAAAUUAUCCAUGCAGACAUUAUAUGGUUUUGUUUUUGUAGACUGUGAUGUAGAUCUUGGAGGUAAUCUAUGUGCGUGUGUGUGAUACAUCAUGUACAUGUGGAGUCUGUUGACGUGAGAGAGUUGUUUCUUGUACUUGUUUUUGUUAUAGUAAACUGAUGUUUCAGCAGGAACACUAUAGGUAACGAUUAAUUUUUCUUCAAAUGGGCCCAUUUAUUAUCAGCGUCUGUUCUGACAAAAUGGUUCAACUUCAGUUUUAGUGAUUGAUGGCUCUUCCUGAUUUCCUAAUCCCGUUCUUGUUGUGUUUGGUCUGUGGUAAAGUUUGAAAGGAUUCAGCGUGUUUGUGUUGUGCUUUGUAUGUACAUAUAUUGUAGAGAAUCUAAAUUCUUGAGUCUGUGAUGAGUGGAUGAUGGCGUGUUGGAAGAAGUACAGUUGGUUGUGUCUCACUCCUUAUGAUGUCCAAGUUUUUGUCAUGAUUGUCCUUGAGUCAUUGUUUUUGGUGCUGGUAUGAUUUACAGUGCGAGUUGGGUGUAGUGCUAUAGAAGUUUAGAAGUUAGAGGUCCGAAUGAUGAAGACGAAAUCUGCAUAGUUUAGCAAUAUGCAUGUAUGCUGUUUGGUCUGCUCAUUUUCUGUAAGAAAUUUUUUUUUUCUUUUCUUUUGGGGGGGGGGGUGUUGCUCUCCUAGUUUCCUUUUUUUAGCUUCUAGUUGUCUCUGUGUUCCUUUUUGAUUUUCUAAAUGCCAAAAUUGGGUAAAGGAGAGGAUAGUACGUUGGGAUGCAAUAAGUAAGGCAGGUUAAAUAAAGGUUUACAAUAGUUGUGUAAUUGUGUACUCUCUUUUUCUUUGACUCCCACAAAAACGGCCAUCCAUUAAAUUGUAAUGCUUUAAUAUAGUGGUGGGUAACUUUAUUUUUUUGCUCUUUCCAUUUCCCUUUCUGGUGCCUUUGUACUUUGUUCCAAAGUAAUGUGUUUCUUCCCAUUGUGUGUUGUUGUCUUUCACACUGUGUAGGAAUUUAUUUUUUUGUGUACCUGUAUUUGAAGACCAGAUGUUCGUUAAACCGGAGUGUCUAACUACUUGCUUCAGUUUCAUGUCUCUGUUGAACGUAUGCAGUGUUGGUUUUUUCUGUUUUUGUGUGUUCGUAUGUGUCUGUGCAUGUUCUCUUUGUCAGUUAAUGGAAACGUACUGGGUGUACAGAAGUUCCUCAAUUCUAAGUACAUGUACAUGUAUUGACUUGGAUGAAACGUUUUGAGAAUGUGCGUUUUCGUGCAGUAGAUGAAAUAAAUUAAUAAAUUGGAAUGAAACCUAC